AUGCAGAACGGGGAGGGUACGAACCCACAGGACUCCAAGGAGGCGGGGGCCGAGCCUGUGGAGGAGCAGAAAUCCCAGAACCGGAGCCAUACGCAGAGGUGUGCGGAGCCGUCUGCGCCGCUGCUUCCUCCUCCAUCACCUCCUCCACCAGGAUCACCAGAAUACCAGAGGCCUAAGCUCAUAUUCCACACCCAGCUGGCUCACGGGAGUCCUACAGGCCGCAUCCACGGAUUCACCAACGUGAAAGAGCUGUAUGCCAAGAUCGCAGAAGUGUUCAACAUCUCCCCCUCAGAGAUUCUCUUCUGCACUCUUAACUCACAUAAAGUAGACAUGCAGAAGCUCCUCGGGGGGCAGAUUGGACUGGAGGACUUCAUCUUCGCCCACGUCCGAGGGGAGACCAAAGAGGUGGAGGUGACAAAGACCGAAGACGCCUUGGGCCUCACCAUCACAGACAAUGGUGCUGGAUAUGCUUUCAUCAAGAGAAUAAAGGAAGGCAGCACCAUCGACCGUCUGAAAACUGUAUGUGUUGGUGAUCACAUCGAAGCUAUCAAUGACCAAAGCAUUGUAGGGUGUCGACAUUAUGAGGUAGCCAAGAUGCUAAAAGAGCAGCCAAGAGGAAUACCCUUUACUCUGCGCCUGGUAGGACCCAAGAAAGCUUUUGAUAUGAUUGGAAUGAGGACCAAGGCGCCAAAAUCUAAUGAGGGUAAGAUGGUGAACGGGAGGGAGACUCUGCGUCUUCGCUCUAAGGGCGCCGCUACAGUUCAGGAAGUGCAGAAUGAGUUUGAGGAACAAGCAACCAAGAAAGUAGAUGACCUGCUGGAGAGCUACAUGGGCAUCAGGGACGUGGAGCUGGCGACCACCAUUGUAGAAGCUGGCAAAGACAAGAAGAAUCCUGAUGACUUUGCAGAGGCCUUGGACUCAGUUCUGGGGGAUUUUGCGUUCCCUGAUGUGUUUUUGUUUGAUGUAUGGGGAGCUAUUGGAGACAUCAAGAAUGGCAGGAUCUAGACAUAAACCAGAGACGAGCAGACACAAAGUGGUAUUGUAUGGUUAAUCCAGUUGGAAAAUGAAUGUGUAGAAGCUUUUAAAGUUUGGACUUUAAUGUUUAAACAUUUGCUUUGAAAGCCCCACACACUCCGAAUAAGAUGGCACCUUCCUUUUAGUGCUGAAUUGUUUACUCGCAGGAUCAAAUUUUGAUAAAAACAAAAUUGACCUAAUUAUGACUAAUUCAUGACGAUGAAACACAAAUUUAAAAAUUCAUAAAAUUAAUGAAUGGAUAAGAAACGUGCAUUGGAACUUGGAUUUUGUCCCCAACCACUUUUUCCAUCCUCUGCCUAUUUUCACAUUAUGUGCACAUAGUUCUGUUUUUCAUCAGCCAUGAUCCAGCCCAGUCCUUUCAGCGAGCCUCCAGAAUAACCCCACUUAUCAGUCCACUUAUAUUUUCCUUUAAACUUCCUCUUCCAUUAUAAAUCCAAACUAGAAUUUCCCAAGACAGAAAUCUCUCACUGCAAUGCACAAAUUGUGCUUUUAUUUUGAAAUGCAUCUCAAUCUCAUUUCAGCAUGAUAACUCUCAGUGACAUAAUAAUAAUAAUAGCAGUAGUACUAAUAAUAAACUGUAUCCUAUAUAUAAAGUGCCAGAUGAAUGUGAGUCUAUCCAUCUGUGUGUGUGUCCAGAGGGACAAUCCAUAUAUGGGUAAAGAGGUGUGGCAUGGGUGGGACCAUGCCUGACUUGGGCAGGAAAAAUGAAGCCCAAACACCAACAAACUCAGCUAACGGCUAACCUUGAUUCGGGUGUUGAAAAAUGAUAUGUUUGGGGACUGACUAGUGGUUCUCAUAAGUGUUUCGCUUUUGUGUGGGCAUUAAAAAUUAUGACCCGCUUAUUUCCUUAGUAAAUGUGGAUUAAAGACCUAACAUCCUCAAGCUACCGAUCACUGCU